AACAAGAACACCGGGUUUAACGUGGUUUCCCUGAUCAACAGGACUAGUCCACGGGAGAGCAAGCUCUCCAAGUCAAUCUUAUUCUCCUUGUUUACCAGCAUACACGAGCCAUAUACAUAUAUAUAGAGGAAUCAUAAACCCUAAAGACUAAGGUCUUAAUUUGUACAAUUACAUUUUUGGUACUUAUAUUUUCA